GCAGCGCCGCCCAUUUCCUUUUGGAAAAAAGCGGUCAGCUAUUUUUUAGCUGACAUCUUUGUAUUUUUAGCCGUUAGCCCUUGCAGCUAAGUGACUUUUUAAGGUAUCUCCCGUGUCAAAGUUUACACACGAAUUGCACGAAGUCCACGCUGUGAACACUUGCAGUAACGCGGGCGUUGAAAAGUUGCUAUGGAGGAAGUACAGCAGGGCAGCAAUGGCACUGAGUUACAGACUACCACCAUCACAGCCUCUCAGUUCUCACAGUUAGCCCAACAGAUGUCCCUUGCCGGUGGUGGUUCUGUGUCCGUUGUACAGCUGCCAGGGGGUCAAUUUCAGGUUCAAGGAGUGAUCCAGUCGGCACAAUCGUCAGUCAUUCAGUCCCCUCAGAUGCAGAAUGCACAGGCGCUGGAUUCAGAUAGUGAUGAUUCACAGGACUCCUCAGACAGUGGAGCUACAGCUCAUAAGACCCGAGAAAUACUGGCAAGACGGCCGUCAUACAGAAAAAUCCUAAAUGAACUAUCAUCGGAGGAAGUGACACACGGUGAGGGAAAGGAUAACAUCCAGGUCUCCGCGGGGGUUACAUUACCCGCCGGCCAAAUUUACCAGACCACCUCCGGCCAGUACAUUACCAUAGCCGCUAAUGGCACAAUCCAGCUGGCCGGUUCGGGGUCUGAAGGCCUUCAGGGGCUGCAGACUGUCACCAUGGCCAAUGCUGGCCAACAACAAGGCGCGACCAUCCUUCAGUAUGCCCAGACAUCUGACGGCCAGCAGAUCCUGCUGCCUAGCAACCAGGUUGUUGUACAAGGUGCAGGAGGAGAAAUGCAAACAUACCAGAUCCGCACAGCAUCCUCCUCCGGCUCCGUGCCCCAGACCGUCGUCAUGACCUCUCCUAUGGGGCACUCUCAGGGCAAGAGUGACGAUCCAACGAUGAAGAGGGAAAUCAGGCUGGCUAAAAACAGGUUAGCUAACAGAGAGGCAGCCCGUGAAUGUCGGCGGAAGAAAAAGGAAUAUGUUAAAUGCCUCGAAAACCGCGUUGCUGUUCUUGAAAACCAAAACAAGACCCUGAUUGAAGAACUCAAAACAUUAAAGGACCUUUAUUGUGUUAAAACAGGAUAACCUGUCUGAGUAGAGGUUGAGGAUUGGGACAUAAUGUGGGAGCAGCACAGCUCAGACAUUUGGACAUGAACUGGGUUUCUGGGAACACUUCGAUUCAGGCUGACAUCCUCCAGUUUUUUUUACUCUGUUUGAUAUAAAAGUGACUUGUGAUGGCAGUAAAAUAUACUCAAAAACAUUUUUUCCCCUGCUGUUUUUUUAUAUAAAAAUUUGCUAAUGCUAUAACAUUUAUAGUUGUGUACAUUUUUAAUAUGGGAGGUUUGAAAUUGUGAGCUUUAACUUUGAGUCUCAGUUUGUAUCCUGCUCCUCUUCUUCUUGUGUUUUUAAAAAUGUUGCUGUUGGAGUUUUUUUUAUUUUUUAAAAUAAUCGAACAGCAUCUGCAGAAUGUUGACUGUAUAUUUACCACACAGACAUAAUUUACUGUUUAUAUUGUGAACCAGCAAUUCCCCUCAUUUCCCUGUAAGGAGAUGUUACAAUGGUCAUUCCUUAUUUUUGUGCAAUGGAAUAUAAAGGGUAACAAAAAUAAUGACUGAGUGAGGUUUGUUUGGUUGUUUCUGGCAGUUACUUAGACAAUCAGGGAAAAAAGCACAGUGUCCAGGUAAUAUUUAUUAUGUUCAUCUUGGGAGGGGUAGGGAAGGAGAACAAACUGUGUAUGAAAUGUUGCUGAUUCUAUGAGUAAAUAAAUCUAUUUUCACUCAAUAAA